AUGGAAGACGCAAGAAAGCCUAUGGAGGAGCUAGUGCAAAGAGUUGUGCGGAUGUUCUACGAGCCGUGCCACGUAGUGAUCAUGGACAUCAUGCUGCGCCAUCUUUCACUCGAUGAAGAUGAUCUGGCGGACAAAAUGAAGCUGCUUCCGCGGGAGUUCAAUCGAAUGGCUGUCCGCCUGCGGGACGACAGGCUCCUUUCCACAGAGACCACAAGCGAAAUGAAGGACGACGGCCGCCAAGAGACCCGCACGAGGUUCUUCCUUGAUUUCAGAACAAUCCGUGACGUAAUCAAGUACAAAAUAUACACAAUGACGCAGAGACUUGAAAGGAGCCUGCGGGAGAAGGAAACCGUGCAGGGCCUAGGCUGCUCGCUCUGCAAUGUCACAUACUCUGUGCUUGAUGCGCAGUCCUUCCUUUCCAUGGACGACUUCUCGUUCAAGUGUCCAGAGUGCAAGAACAGCCUAACAGAAACAAAGGAAACAGCAGGGAACGACAAGGACGCCGUGUCCAACACGUUCUCUCGAAUGAUGGAUGCUGUGUCCCCUGUGAUCGCACAGCUUAAGGAGAUAGACGCCGUGGGAAUACCUGAAAUAGUUAGAGGAAAGGCAGUGGCACAGCAGGUGCUUCUACCAGGGCACAUACUCUAUGAAAAUAUGCGCACAGAUGAGGCAGCACCGAAAGAAACAGUGAAGGCGCCCAUCGAAGAGAUAGAAAUAGCCGAAGAAGAGAAGCAAAAAACAGAAGAGGCAGCUUCAGGGGCGAACUUAGACUCAGAAGAAGAGACUGUGCUGGUGGAGGGAGUGGCCAAGCGGUUCAGUGCAGUGACAGAGGCAGACAAAGAGCGAAUGAGCGAAGAGGAGUAUGAAAGGUAUUUCGAGCUGUUCGAGAAAUACAACGGAUAG